CUAAAACGGAGCGUCAAGAAGAGAACGUUGUACUAAAGAUUUACGUCUGAUUUGACCAGGAGUAGGGUUAUGAAUCAUUUUGUUACAGCACUGUUCUAUUUACGGGGACAUAAUAAUUCCUUGAAGCUCAUUCCAGUUCUCGAGUUAAAGGAGGUAGGAGUAUAAUAUUUUUUUCGCCGACUGUCUUUGAUCUAUUAAUCGAAAUUGAAGCAGGAUUGACAAGUAAAAUUUUUCGUGUAAAGUGAUAUAUUUUGUUAAAAAAAGUAGCGUUUAUUAUGUGAAAACAAAGGCAAUCAUCUCAUUGUUAGUUCAUACCCGUUUGGGAAAGAAACGUGGAAUUGUACACUGUGUGUUUCGUCGAUGGGAUCCUUGUAAUUCUUAAUGAAAAUUACGUACGAGGUAGACGUCGAGAUUUUUUCUUUUCUCACGAUGACCCGUCGUGAGAAGUCCGUGAUAAUGGACAUCUGGCUACGACGAUAACGGCCAAUUCUCACGCAAUGAGAUAAACGGAACUAUUCCCAAAAUUAGUUGAGCUCGAGGCAGCGUUUCUGCCAUGAGGAUCGCCAUGUGGCCACGUUUGAGGAGGCAUCGGAUGAUCCCGAUGGUUCUUUCGAUUGUCAUCCUGACGGGGAUGCUUCUCGUUUGGUUGAGGAAGAACCAGGAGACCGAGGAUCGCAGCGAUUAUGCUUCUCUGCGGCUUUUAGGGAAUGACAGGGAUUACAUGGAUCGUAGGGGAAUACACGUGGUGGUCGGCCAUUACAUCGGGGAUUCUGUGGAUCCUUUGAAAACACCAAACAUUACUAAAGAACUCCUCAAUACGAACAUGUUUGAUCCGCGACCAAACGACGGGAAAAACGGCAGCCCUGUUCUUGUGCCAGCGAAGAACUUCCACGAUAUGCAACAACUCUACCAAAUUAAUCGAUUCAACUUGAUGGCUAGCGACAGAAUCCCCCUAAAUCGAACUCUACCGGAUGUCAGGAGAAAGGGAUGUAUCUCCCGGUACUCGACUUUGGGCAGCUUACCAAAGACCUCGAUAAUCGUCGUCUUCCAUAACGAAGCUUGGAGUACGUUACUCAGGACUGUGCACAGCGUCAUCAAUAGAUCGCCGCGGGAUUUGCUGGAGGAAAUCAUCCUCGUCGACGAUGACAGCGACAGAGAUUUUUUGAGGGACCCGCUAGACGAGCAUGUAAGGAGCCUGCAAGUGCCCACUAAAGUUCUUCGUUCCAGGAAACGCAUAGGCUUGGUAAACGCGAGGCUGUUGGGCGCGAACGAAGCCAAAGGCGAAGUCCUCACGUUCCUCGAUGCCCAUUGCGAAUGCACGGUUGGAUGGUUGGAACCUUUGCUGGAGGCGAUCGCUAAGAACAGGACGAAAGUUAUUUCUCCUGUUAUCGAUAUCAUAAACGACGACACUUUCAGCUACACUCGGUCUUUCGAGUUGCAUUGGGGAGCAUUCAAUUGGGACAUGCACUUCCGCUGGUUGACGCUGAACGGUCGUUUGCUGAAGGAGAGACGCGAGAACAUCGUCGAACCGUUCAGGACGCCAGCUAUGGCUGGAGGUCUGUUCUCCAUGGACCGGAAGUACUUCUUCGAGCUAGGAAGCUACGACGACCAGAUGAGGAUCUGGGGUGGGGAAAAUUUGGAGAUGUCGUUUCGUGUGUGGCAGUGUGGGGGUAGCAUUGAAAUCGCUCCUUGCUCCCACGUGGGGCAUCUAUUCAGAAAAUCGUCGCCGUACACUUUUCCAGGGGGUGUCGGAGAAAUACUGUACGGAAACCUUGCACGAGUGGCUCUGGUCUGGAUGGACGACUGGGCAGAAUUUUAUUUCAAGUUUAAUCCAGAGGCGGCGAGACUGAGAUACAAGCAGCCUGUUCGAUCCAGAUUGAAGUUACGCAAAAAACUGCAAUGCAAGAGCUUUCAGUGGUAUUUGGAUAACGUGUGGCCAGAACACUUUUUCCCCACGGACGAUCGAUUUUUCGGUCGGAUCGUACACAUCUCAACCAAAAAAUGUAUCAUGCGUCCCACUGCGAAGGGUACGUAUUCGCAGCCCUCGGGAUACGCGGUUCUCGAGGGUUGCGUACCGCGACCAAUACUCGGUCAAAUGUUCGUGAUGACGAAGGAUGGUAUAGUAAUGACCGACGAAAGCGUUUGCUUGGAUGCUCCUGAACACGAUACUCAGCACAAGACGCCGAAAGUUAAAAUAAUGGCGUGCAGCGGCCACAAGAAGCAGAAAUGGGAGUACGACGAGCGAACGAAAGUAUUUUUGCACGUUUCUUCUGGCAUGUGUCUGCAAUCGAGCAACGGCGAGAGUCCUGUGAUUGCUGUCUGCACGAAGGACGUCGAUCAGCAGUGGAUGCUGGAAUCGGUUCCAUGGAAGUAAUAAUACCAGUAUUUCUUUUUUCUUUUUGUUAUAUUCAAUACUAUUGUGAGAUGUUGCAGCACUUUAUCGGCACGAAGCAGCUGAAAAUGUGGAAUCAUAUUUUUCUACGUACUUUUAUCAGGAUCUUUUGUACGCGUGGAUGUCGAAUCCAUUGUAAAUAAAUGUGCGAAAGACUUGCACGGGGUUAUGAAUUAGGAUUAAGAAAUUACUUCUACUAUUUUUAUUCUCGACGACCGUUUGAGAUGCAAUUAUGUUUAUAUUUAUAUUGUAAGGUAAUUGUGGUUACUCGUCGAAGUCGCGACGAAACCUUUGUGUAAUAAAAAAAAAAAAAAGAAGUAAAGAAAAUGAUCGACGAGACUGAGCUAAUCUAUCGACCGAUUUGGUGGUGUUUCAAAUGAACGCACGUGUGCUGCUCUUCGCGGACUAAUUUAGAAAUUCCUUAAACAGGUAAUUUGUUGUCAAUCUUGGCGAAGAUGAUGUUCAUUGCCAGUGAUUCACUGAACGGCUAAGGUUACACGUGACGGACCAUUAUCGUCAUCGUCGCCAAGGUUGCCGUGAUGACGAUAUUCCGCGUACACGAUACGGACAAAUAGAAUCGUGCAUUAAUAUUUGGAUAUUAAACGAAUUUCUAGAUACGAGAGCAGCGAUGAAAUAGUUGCGUACUUGAAAUAUUCCAUAGUACCCUUUCCCUUUGGAGUUAUUACAGGGUGUAAUAAGAAUGUACACUCGUAUACAGUGUCCAGUGAAGGCAGACCAAUUUCAUAUUUUUGCUAUUUUAAUUAAAAUAUAAAUUCCUCGUUAUAGCUAACGAAGUUAAGUAAAAAAAAAUACUUUCAUUCUCGAUAUAUUAUAGUAUUUAAUUUUUAUAUUAAAAAAUGGACUCAGUUUUGCAAGAAACAUUUCUAGUGACUAUUCACAGUAGCUUAAAUAUUUAGUCUGUGAUAGGAUACCUUGCGUGGCAAUGGAAAUAUACUUUACACGUUAAACAGUAUCGAAGUUAUUUUUUGAAGCUUCCUAUGUCCGGAAGCGCAGUGUGAUUUUUAAACAAACAACGUGUAUUUGUAUCCGUCAGACUGUUUGUUAUAGUGUCGCUAUCCGGGUCAAAGUCACGUCCUCGGCAAGGCCAAGAAGCCACUUUGCUCGAGGCGGCCUAGUCUCCCUGUUCGUUCACUGUAUACGAUCACCUCCAGGCCAAGUUUGGCUGAGAUGAGUGAGUCUUUAUUUAUGGAUCGGUAUUGUUUCACGAGCAAAGAAACCGCGGGGAACGUUAAACGACCCGCGAGUCUUCUCGAUUCUCUCAUCUCCUGGAAGGGUAAUCCAUUACUCUCGAAUCCCGUUGACGACUUAAAAAUUAAACAAGAUUUCAUAAUCUCUAAUUUUCCAAGAUGGACAGUGUCGAAGAUCACAGUUCUAAUAAAAAUUGCAUCAACAUGUUUGCAUAACUUCCAUGAAUAUUCACGUCUGAUAUUGACCAGAAAAAAAGAAGCGUUUGAUGUUUGUAAAUCUGUUGAUCUGAAUACGGAUACGAUCGAUGCCAUCGAUAUAGAGGAGCAAAAAAAUGCGUGGUCGCGGAAUACGAUUUAAUCGAAAUCGUCCUGCGCGUUCCGGUGGCAUCUUGACUGGCUAUUUGUCCACUUGGUCACGUCUUCGUCUCACCUAUCGCGUGUUCCGGUUCUCACACACCUAUGACCCUUGACAACCUAGCGUUUCUCGCGUUAAUUACGAACGCGUUCUCCAGGAGGGGAAAGAAACGUUUGUUUUCUGGAAACAGGGCCAUCUUUCAAGAAGUAGGUCGAAAUGAUGGUAUUUGUGUCAGGAUAUCGUUGUACUUUCGAUAGAACUUAGCCAGAUCGAUGAUCAUCAUUGGUAGUUAAAGGUGACUUGACUUGGAAUAUGCAGAUGACGUAGAGAAGAUUUCGGAAUUAUUGAACUUGACAUUUCUCAACUAUACAUUCGUUUACUUAAUACUAUGUACGACUGCAUUUCGUCCUUGACUUCCUUGAAGUAUAUAUAUACUUCAUCUGUUCAAAGAAAACAAAGUGAAAUCCCUUGCUUACCUAAAACAUGAAAUCGACCUUCCUGAAAUUUUUAAGCGAAUUAGUCUAAUAAAAUCAUUCCCAUAAGCAUCCCUAGCCUCUGAGUUUAUUGAAGAAGUUUGUCUAAAUUAAAUGAUAGGUUUGGCCUUUCCAAAUCGAUGUUCCAUUAUAAAUACGUAUAUCUCCCAUGUCUGUAUUAUCGGUGAAGAAGUUAGACAAACUUCUUCAAUGAAUAUAGAAGGUACGAGUACUUACGGUACGAAUACUUACGGGACUGAUUGUAUACUUUGGAAUAUCGAGCGCAUGAGAAUCGAUUCAUCAAAGAAAUUCGAAAAAAGUAAAUCCCUUUAACGAAACACUAAAGCGACCCAUGCACGACUGACGUUUAUCAGAGUAUCUUUUCGCUCUGCAAAAGAUCCUUGAAAGAAAGACGCCUUCGCGAUAUUCGCGGGAAGAGCAGUCCAUCAAACUCACGGACAAACCUCUGGUAAACUAUCGACCGUGUGUGGGUCAUUUAUGGGGCCACACGGGGAAGGGACAUGGAAGGUACGCGGCAGGAGAGCGGAGAAAGUAAACGCAAGCACGAGACGAAAGUUCCUUUAAAAUGAAUUUUCACGUGUACGUUUGUUCGUGUACAUACAAAUACACACACACACACACACCCUCUCGCGCACAGCCACACUCAUACAUAUACGUACAUACAUUAGGGUGGUCCUCGACCGCAGGUGAUAGAAAUUUAUUUUUAGGGUUCCUCCGAAGCAACUUCAAAGCCGAAGCGCGAGGACCACCCUAACGUAUGUAUAUAUAUAAUAUUGUUUCUCUUUAAUCGAAUGUUACAUAUGAACAUAUAUACAGUCACCACUAUGCUACGGGACGCGGGACUACUUACGUGGCUGAACAGUAUUAACGUGUAAAAAGUAGGAGCGACGAACGAUCGAUCGUCCACGAAAAGAACGAACCUUGUCAUCGCGACAAGAUCACCGGCAAUCGCGCGAAUGCGUUUUUUGUACGCCAUAAUCUCAACACGCGUGAUCGUUCGAAAGGAAAGAGUGAAAAGGGAGGGGGCGAUUCCCGCGAUGAAAGCUACACGCGUUGGUCGUUUUCGUUUUCAUUCGCGAGCCGCUCGCAUCCCCGUCGAUUAUUUUGACUAACUUGUUAACGUACGAUUAAGAACUCUCUACGAGCUGAACUGAGCUUGGACCCACCUGAACGCACGGCUUACGAUCUAGCGGUUCUAAAAGGUAACGAGCGCUUGACAGCUUCGUCGGCUCACGGCGCUGCAUUUUCGUGGCUAAACAGUAAAUACGUAUAACUCGGUAACCUCGGUGAAAUCACAAUCGUGGUACGUUUUCCAUGUACAUAUACAUAUACAUAUAUAUAUAUUAUAUCUAUAUCAUUUGUAUGUAUAUAUAUAUAUUCGUAUAUACUAUAUAUCAAAAUUAAACGUAUUCUUUACAGUUCGCUUGGUACACUUCGCACGCGGUUGACUAUUACUUUACGGGGGAGGAGACGUCCAUCGCCCUUCUCUCGCCCUCGUUUCAAUCGGGAUCCGAUAGUAUCCGUUGCGUUGGGCACGCGUGCAUUUUAACCCUUUGUGAUCCUACAUCGAGCGAUGCUCGACGAAAAUGUACCGAAAUAAACAAAUUUGGAGUGCAAAGGGUUGAAACGAGUUUCGCCGAAAUGUCGCUGCCCUUCUUAGUUUGUUCGUCUCAUUUCAUAUUUUCGAAUAUUUGAGAAAGAUGAUAUUUCAACGACUCUUCUGUGGCAUCCUUGUUUUUCUUCGUUAAAUUAAAACAACGUACCUUGUUACAGACUAUACAACACUUUGAAUCGUAUGUAUAAUACCAACAGGAAACAGAUUUCACCUAAAAAGGGCAGCAUGCGCACCAUCCUGGAUAAUUAGCUGCCGUUUGUAUCGCGCAUCGACGAGUUCGAAGAUAUCGCGAAAGUUUGUUAAUCCUCGAAACGUACCGUUCCAUUUCCUCGUUUUGCAAAAUUAGCAAUGGUCUCGUCGACGCGCGGGGAACUAAUAUUUUUACAACGACUUCGACUAACUAAAUUGAGCCUCGAUUCAAAUUCUAGCAGCUAUAGGUACACGCGUGUACAUGUGUAUAUAUUAUACUAUAAUUAAUAAUUCUGGUUCGCUUAACGUUAUUCGCAAGGCGACGACGCGUCGCUGCCGCUGAAACCGUAUGCGUUGGGUUGGCGCGUAGGGAAUGUCGUUUAUGUAUACGAAGUUGCGAUACUGUAACAAAAACAACGCGAGUUAAAUGGCACCUCGAUGCGGUCCAUAAAUAUUAAUAUUCGUGUUCGAUCGAAUCCUCGGUAGCACCCUUCUAUAUUCAUAGAGUUGAGAUGUUUGAAUGGGACAAAAGAUCUUGAAAUAAUCUAAAUGAAACAACACUUUAGUUGGAUAUAAGAAACAGCAGUAAAGCUAUUUACUUUUCGACUGCAUACUUAACCUUUUCAGAUCUGAAUUACUUUGUUUUCUCGUACUAAUGGAAUUUAGUUUUUAGAGAUAACUUGGAUUUUCCAUAUUAAUAAUUAAUAUGGAAAAAAUAAAAAAAGAAUCGUAAUAAUGUAAUUUUUGAGGAAAAUUGGUAUUUCUUCGUGUGCACAAAUAUGGACAUUCGCCCUAAACAAUAAUUAAUUGUGGACGCUACGUCUGAAAGGGUUAAACUCUUACUGUAUAAUAUUAUGGCGUUGAAGUGUCAAAAAUUCAGACUACAAAGUCAUCUCUUACUUCCACGUGUUCAAUCGAAGGUCCUGCGAAUCUCCACGAGAAAACGACGUUUCGUACGUGCCAACGCGACGCUAGGAAUAAUAAAACGGGUAGCCGUCGAAUUCGACGGCGAAAUCUAAGAAAGGCAAGAAAGAACGCAACAUUCGUCUAACGUACCCGACGAUGAAACAGAAUUUCCUAUUCAAAGUCUCAUUUCUUUUCAUUUUCGUCUCCUUUUCAUUCUUCUUUUUCUUCCUUUUCUUUUUUUCUAGCAGGCCGUCGCAAUUCGAAUACGCUCGACCUGUCCCCGCAACCAGUGAAAUCAUGCGUGUAACGUGUAAACUGGAACGAGAUGAGAUCGAAAACGCGCGGACGUGAGAACGCGGCACGCGCGAUUUCGCGGAUAGAGAGACUCGUCCCUCGAGAGAUUUCGCGGCUUAUUUCUUCGUCGAGGAACUGGUCGAGGGAAUGCCUAGCGUGGAAACUGGCAGCCAUCGCUCGCGACUGAGACGCGACAUUUUUCAUGUCAAACGAUGACGCCUAUCAUAUCGGCGCACCUGUGGGAACACUCUCGCAGGCACGAUUCGCUGAAUGCUUUUAGAAAAUGUCGUAGAUACCCCUACGAAUCAGUUUUCUAUUUGUUUAUACCACAUUUGGGGUAUCAAGUGAGUUUUUCUUAAAAAUUGGCGCGAACUUUCUGGACAAUCCAAUGCAUCAGGGGUGAGUUUAGAUUACCUGUUAAUAUCUCUACCAAUCUUCGCAAGAUGCUUUUGUAUCUGGUUAGUUUACUCGAUAUGGAAGAAGGCUGUCAAGUAGACAUCAUGUACAGUGAUUGUCGCGAAGGUUUCAACUCUGUGAAAAAUUUCGUUCUUUUACAGAAACUUUAAAACCCUGGUAUGCAUGCAACUUUCUUCUCCUGGUUAUCUGGUUUUAUACCUGGGUGAACUCGGAUCGUAAAAUUUUAUGAUUGUUACUCCAAAGAGAUUACUGCUUGCUCAUGCGUUCCUCAAGAGUUCGAUUCGGGUACGCUGUCUUUUAACCUAUUUAUCAACGAUUCUGUUGAUAUUAGCGGAUAUCUGAAUGCAGACUAACUGAGGAUUUAUUUUACCCCCUAGUGGAAGAAUUAUUCUUUAACUCUAUCACACGUAUCCUCUCUUCAUGCGUUUCUCGCAUUAUACUGUUUUCUUUCCCUCUUCUCUGUAUAUUACUGUUGUUAUCAAAAUUAAAAUCGUGUCUCGAUGUUAUCGAAGAUUAGCAGUUUAGGUAAUUCAACAUUUGUCGUAGUAUUUAAUUUCUUAACCAUACCAAAUUCACGAAUCCUACACAGAUUAUUUCCUUAGAUUUAUUUUCAGAUUUAUUAUCUGUAAUGGAGAAUCCUGUCAUUCAUUUCUGGGUGACAUUAAACUUAUUAAAUUCAAAUUUUAAGCCAGAGCUCCGUUUUUUAUCGGAUCAGAUCUAUUCUCCAGAGUCAUCUCGUUUUCAACGAUUAAGUUUUACGCGUUGAUUUAAGGGUUUCGCAACGAGGCGCGAUCUCUUGUGUUUUCGAGGGGAGAAUACGCGAGAUGUUCCGCAUCGAGGGUAGGAUCGAUGGUUCAACGACGUCGAACCGGAGGAUUUCGGACGAAAACACAUUCGCGCGCGGAUCGUCGACUGUGAGGAAACCGAUUUCCAAGCCUCGAGGUCUCGAUCGAUCGGAUCUCUCCUUCUGUCGGGUGGUACUUCUCCGUUAGCGUUUCAUGGUUGUCGAGAUCGCUCUCUCGCCUCGGCGUGGCUCCUUUAUUGCGUUUCACUUUCGCGAUGAGCUUGCCCGUUCGAUCGGGGCGUGGCAAAAGUGUAACGCAAGAGAGGUCCGAGGCCAUCGUCGGCCGUGAUCGUAUACGCGUGAAGCAAGAAAAACAGGGCCUGCCAUCCUCUCCCGGCGUCAGACGUCGAGGAGAGAUCUCCGCACCGUAGAAGCUUACGAUUAGUCGCAACACCUUCGAGCGGAGCGUCGACGAGUCUGUCCAAAGCGAAUGCGUCGCAUCCUAUCGCGUCGCACCGCGUCGAUCUCCUUUAAAUGGAUUUUGAAGACUCGAAUUCUGCCAUUUCCGAUGCGCAUGCUGAUUCGUCGACAGAAAUAAAGACUGACCAUUUCUCAGCUUCGAGGAAUCAUGCUUGGAGCGGUUUCGUCCCGUUCGUCAGCCCCGAGUCGCAAAAUAAAUUUUGAUGUUUCGCCUUCUCUCGCGAGCGUCGCUUCUUAUUCAACGCCGAACGGAAUACGUAAUCGGACGCGCGUUGCAGUUGCAACUUCAUAUCGAAACCCGAGCUGGUCAUCGGCAUCGUUUUUCCAUUUUUACGAAUUCCGCGAUUUUUAUCUUAUUCCUCGUGGCGAGUUUCGAAUCGUUUCUGUUUCGUUUUAUUUCGAAGUCGAAGGACUUUUCGUUCGCGUUCCAGGCGACCGGCGUCUCCAGUCGUUUAGCAGAGCGCUGGCAUUCCAAGCUAGAAAGCGUUCGUCGUUUCUCACGCGUUGCCGGACCACCGUUUGCAGUCGUAUUUUCAUCCGGGCGCAACACACCCUCCCGAGGAUGAAGACAUUCAAUCUUUCUUCGAGCGUGCUUUCGUCUCGUGACUGGUCGAUCGCGUUUACCAAGGUCAAGAAGAUCUCCUGACCGCGUGGCUCGAUGCAUACACUGGAUCCGCACCUGCGCUACUUGCGGUGAAUGUUGAUGCAAGGUAGAAAGUGCGGAUGAAUUGCUCUCAUCGUCGAACAGGAAUUCGUAUCUUCCACUCUUUUUUACUUUUCCCUGUAUUUUUCUCUCCUAUCUUCCAUUACAAUGAUCAAUGUUCGUCUACGUACCGUAUAGAUUUGGAAUAACAGGGAUACUAGGGCUGACAAACCGAUUCUCGAGUGCUGGUUGUCGUUUCCUGGAUUUUCAACGGCCGAAGCCUGUGCUUCUGCCCGUUCGAAUCAGAUCUGGCGUAAUUAAUCGAAGCGAGCCACUUACCACCAAGGUCGAAGCACCUCCCACUCAUUCGCGUCGAUGUUGGUUGGUAGCUGAACGGUUAGAAAGUGGACGGUAUGAUUCGCAGCCGCGGAGUCAAGAGCGGAAGACGAUUAGAUCGUUUCGCCCCGGGUAAAGAUUUCAGCGACCGUCCGCAGGAAACGAGGGGGAUCAUAUCGUAAGCGUGUGGGAUUGCUGACAGCGCUUUAGGCUUCUAGCAGCCUCUUCUCUCGGUCGUUUCUUCUUUUUCUGCUAAUCAUCGCCGGCAGGAAACACGUCGCUUUUCCGCGUCACGUACAUCACCUGGGCGUAGCAACUCGAUGCUAUUCGAGUUCGGAGAUCUUUUUUUCCAAAUCCUGAAGCAUUACUUAUACUUAUUUAAUUUUGUUCAUUUUUUAUAGGGAAGAGGUAAUUUUAUUAACCCCUUGACCUACACAUUAUCUCUCGAUUGCUCGGGCCACAGUAAACAGGAAAGUAGGAAGUCCAAACGAAAUACCACGAGUCAGACUCGUGCUUAUUGUUUAUCCCUUUCAGAUCUGGCGCCCACAAUUGAGGACACAAAAUUUAAAAAUUAUCGACACUAUCGUUUAGGGCGGAUGUCCUUAUUUGUGCACACUACGAGAGACCAGUUUUCAUCGAAAACUACAUUAUUAACCCUCCUCUCCUACGGUCGGGUCAAAAGCGACCGAUAUAUUAGUUCCAUUAUUAGGUUUUCGUAACUGUGAAGGUUGAAUUCAGUAAGACUGAAAUCAUCCAAACAUAUAAAUAAAAAUUAAUUUUGUUUCAAAAAAGAAGUGCCGAAUUUCCCUGUCACUUCCGGCAAAAGUUUCGAGAACCGAGCAGAUCGAUUCGAUGAUUUCUAUUUUAGCGUGUUCGUCGGACUAUAGUACUGGGAAUUGCGGACCGAGGAGACGUAGUCGAGCUAACAAAAUUCACUUUCUAGCUCGUAAAGUCGAGAAAUGUCAUUUUCUUGCUGAAACAUCGUCUUUCUUGCUUGCAGUUUUUCUGUGUCGGUUAUAUCUUCUUUUUGCUGGACGGAAGACGUCGACGAGAACGAGAGAAAUGGAACCGUUUUCGAAGAUCGCGAAAGGACAAUAUUUUAACCCUUGAAUGGCCUAAGUUUCAAAUUUGAUACCGGACUUUUAAAUCGAAUUGUAUACUUGCAAUUGGUUUGUUUUUUAAUAUUUGGAUGUGUGUAUGUUACCAUUACACAAUGUUCUUUUGAUCAAAAGUUAAAAAAAUAAAUGUCAGCUGUCAAUAUUCAAACAAUAAAUACAUUGAUAUUUUUUUAAAUUUAAUUUGGUGUAUCAGGCUUCCAAGGGUUAACUAAUUUUGAGAUUGAUAACCGAACAAGAGCAAAGUUAUAUUCUAAAUUUACAGCGACGGAAUCGCGCGUUGUUUCUUAGUCUUUCUCCUCGCUGACCCGUGCACGGGUACUCGAAAGUAAUGAAAAGUGUUGGUACUUAGGACGAAUUUUAUCCUCUACUUAAUCUAGAUGCUCGACCCGAUCUUCUAGAGAGCAGUUCACGCAGGUACUCUUUUAAGGCACCUGUUGGUCUUUGAGCAGCGACGGAGAAUUCUCGCAGUGAACUUAAAUAUUCACGCAGAACCUUAAAGUUAAAGUUCCAAGGCUGUCCGACGGUACAGACAGAGCAAGAGUCCAUAUUUACCCCUUAAGCUACGAUUUAAGCUCCAGCAGACUGGGACCAAAAUGUGAUGUUUACAUUUGACCCGAACGAUACACCACGGACCAGGCUCGUAACAAUCAGUUUUGACCCGAAUAUCCGAUCACGUAUCUCGCACGUGGUUGUAGCUUAAGGGGUUAACACGUUCCAUGCCAGACUGUUUCUUGAAAACUUUUCGUUCAGGCUUUACAAUUGUAUAGUUUUGUU